AAAUAUGAAUUUAUGAACACUGUCGAAAAGCUUUAUCAAAACGUCAAGUGCAUAGAAUUUGUUUAUCUUUAUUUUUUGCUUCGAAAAGUUCGAAAUCGUUAAAUCCACAGCUCAAAAUGUUUAAUAAGAGAACAAACAAACGUUGGACAAGAGAAGAAACUGAAGCAUUAUUAAAAUUAUACAAUGAAAGAAAAGACCAAUUCAAAAGGCCACGAAAAAGGAGAUUGGCCUUUGCUGAAAUUCGUGAAGAAAUGAUUGCAGCUGGUUUUGAUACUAAUAUAACAACUCAUCAUCUCGAAAUAAAAAUCCAUACAUUAUUAAGAUCCUUUAAAGCGGCAAAAGAUAAUGCCAAAGCCAAUGGAAGUUCUGCUGAAUGUCGUACACCGUUUUAUGAUGAAAUGAAUGAAAUAUUUGGUGACAACCUCGCUGAAGGCGAUGGUGGUGAUGAUGAUUCGAUGGGUGAAAGUUUUAAUUUUGGUGCUGUCGAUUUGGAUAAGGAUGAAACCGAUCCAACAACAAUGGAAGAAGAUCCAGACGCACAAGAAGAAGAUGUGACAGUUCCAACAAAUCCUACCACUUCAAACUCUGCCACUGUUACAAAACGUUGGACAAAGGAAGAAACUUCAAUGUUCUUGCAUUAUUACAAUUUAAGAAAAAACGAAUUCAAUCGUUCGAGGAAAAAGAAAAUAGCUUUUGCUAAUGUUUUGGAAGACAUGAUUGCGGCCGGAUUUGAUCCCAACACAAAAGUUAAUCAUCUGGAGGUGAAAAUGCAAACAUUAUUAAGAUCGUAUAAAGCCGCUAAAAAAAAUCCAAACUUAAUAUGUAACCCAUUGUCAACUGAACCAUUUUUUGAACAAAUGGAAGAAAUUUAUGGAAAUUUCUAUGACAAUAAGAAAACUAAACCCAAUUAUAACGAGUCCCUUGAUGAAUCAGAAAGUCCUAUUGAUUAUUUAUCCGUACCAAAUCUCUUUCCACGAGAUUCAAUCGAAUCAACAUCUAAUACAAAAUCCGAGGAACACAUGUCUAGUUCUGAAUAUCGAAGGAGACGUUUGGAGCAAAAAGAAAGGAAAUACAAAGCCGCUGACAAAUAUAGGAGGGAGUAUAUGCAACUAAAAAAAGAGUGGGAAGAGAAGAAAUUAGAACUUAUGAGGAAAAUUAUUGAAAAAUAAAGUACCUAUACAAAAUUUUGCAUGUUGUACACAGAAUAAACUUUCUUUCUUAUUUCAAA